GCCUUUUACCAGAGCUCUUCAAUUAUGAGUUCUACAGUUGCCCUGCUGAGCAUUGCCGCACAACUACUUUUGACUGACAUGGAAGACAGCAGCAUCCCUGAUCUGAAUGAUCAUACACUUUACAUAUCAAAUGUGAAUGAGCCAGUUACUGAUCAGCCAACUACCCCUGUUCUUAUGAUUACAGACUACAGUUAUGAUGAUUACUACAACUCUGUUGAUCCUGAUUCAUUACCCUGUGUUUAUCCAACGCAUGGAGCUAGCAUCCUCCCAGUGUUAUACUCCCUGUUUUUUGUAGUGGGCUUUCUGGGUAACACAUUAGUUAUCAGGUUGGUUUUGAAGAGCCUGAGAAGCAUGACUGAUAUCUGUCUCCUGAACCUGGCUAUAGCUGACCUGCUCUUGGUCUCCUCGCUUCCCUUUUUGGCGCACUAUGCCGGAGACCAGUGGAUCUUUGGAGGUUCUAUGUGCACUAUGGUGCUCAGUGUCUACCACAUAGGAUUCUACAGUGGGAUUUUCUUCAUAGUACUGAUGAGCGUUGAUCAAUACUUGGCUGUAGUUCAUGCUGUGUUUGCAUUGAAGGUCAGAACAAGGACAUACGGGUUCAUAGCUAGUUUAGUCAUGUGGGUCGCUGCUGUCGCUGCAUCAUUUCCUGAGUUGAUAUACAUCGACACCACAGAUAUAAAUAAUCAAACUCUUUGUACAUCCUAUCCAACGACUGAUCAAUCCUCUUAUCAUGAUUCAAAGACAAAUGGAAUCUUUAAAAUGAACAUCAUAGGUUUAAUUAUUCCACUUUCUGUGAUAGGAUUUUGUUACUCGAUGAUUCUCAUCAAACUUCUAAACGUUCGAUCAUCCGGGAAGAAGGCUGUUCGUCUUGUCGUGGUGGUGAUGGUGGUCUUCUUCUGCUGCUGGGUUCCGUACAAUAUUGCAGCUUUUUUUAAAGCCUUGGAGCUGAAAAGAGUCAUACCUCAUUCCUGUGAAAGUAGUAAGGCGAUCACUUUAAGUCUGCAGAUCACAGAAGCUGUGGCGUACUCACACAGCUGUAUUAAUCCAUUUCUCUACGUGUUAGUGGGAGAGAAAUUUAGGAAGCAUCUUUUCAGACUUCUGAACAGGACACCAUUCAGCAGACUGCAGUUCAUGAAAAGUUAUGUACAGACCACAGCAUCUGUUUAUUCACAGACUACUAGCUUGGAUGCAAGAUCCUCUGCCUCAGUCUGAAUUUAAGAAUUAUCAGAAAAAAAAUCACUGAACCACCCACUAACCUUAUAUAGCUUUAAACUACUUCAUGUUUAAUUUACUCAUUUCAUUUUUAUACAAUUAUGCAAGAUAUUUUCGUACACUUAUGGACAUUUUUAUAGCACAAUAAAUGCACUAUAUAAA